AUGGAUCCCUACAACCCAAAUAAUCCCAACUCAAGUUCACUCCCAUUUUCGUCACCCGGCUACACACCCGUCAUGGAAAACUCUUUUUCGGGUUACCAACAAAUGCCCAACGCUUUCAACCAACGAAACCAAUACCAUAUGCAACAACCCAACAUUCCCUUCAACCAAAUGCAAAUGCAACCAAACCCACAAACAUUCAACAUGCCAUAUCAACAAAUGCAAAUGCACCAGCUAAUGCAAAAUCCGCUUAAUAUGCCAUAUCAACCACCGCCACAAGCACGUCCAACACAAAUCGAGGAAGAAGAUGAUGACGUAGAGGUUGUGCCAGAAACGCAACCUCAACCUUCAAAAAAGAAAAAUACAAAGGGAAAGGGUAAAAAAGAAGACGCAGCCGUCAAACAACAGCCAUGGUCAAAAAUUAAGGAAGAGGCGUUGGCGAAGGCGUAUGUUGAAUCGACAAGGAAUCCUAUACUCGGUAACAAUCAAUCAAACGAUGGGUUUUGGCAAGAAGUCCUUGAUAUAUUCCACACGAUUUAUGGAACAAGGCGUGUACAGAACCGUUGA